CUGUGAAGGAAAAGCCAGGAUCCAAAAGUAGGAUUCAUCCUGUGAGAACUCUGAUUCUACAGAGCAGUGCAGCCAUUCGUUAAUGAGAUACCUUUACAUGUGUGGGUUAACCCUUUCAGUGCCAGGCAGAAAGAACUGAUAGAUGAAAGGUCAGGAAGUCACCAGAAUCAUCAGAAGUCUAUUAUAUGUUUUGGAUUAAAGUGGUGAUGAGUUUAUGCCCUGCUGACAAUCACACAAAGUUUUGAUCCGGGUGGACGUCAUAUUUUAUAUGUAAAGUGUUUUUGAGCAAACCUGAGUUUAUUAUACAAUAAUACUAUAAUCAAAGGACAGGUUUAACCCCAGCCAACAUUGUUCGUGACAGGAUCACACUGUAAUCAUCUGUUUGACUGUCUGAGGUGACUUUGUGUACUGACAGUAAGUCAGCUGACGGGGUUUACUGUGAGUCGCUAGAUUAGUGUUCCAGGUGGUUCUCCUCUAAUUUAACCUGUAGUCUCAGUCACAGCUUCACACGCACCUGAGAGUCUGACUGCAGCUGCGACACAACACAGUGAGCUGAGCAGUAUGGACGAUGUCCCCCUAAAGAUGCCACAGGGUGUCUCACAGGAAGUCAUAGAAGAUGUCAACAUUACUGUCCCUGAUUAUCUAACCAUACUGCAGGAGACAGAGUAUGAGUUCAGUCUGGAGAACUGGGUGCUAACUGGGCUGCAGAGUGGCUUCACCAGCCAGCAUCGGCCUCCACUUUCCUCUUCAUCAGGACUGCAGCCAUCUUGUCCGCCAUACUGGAUGAUGUUCAGCAGCCCGCAGGAGAGCCGCCUGGCCAGCCGCCAUUGCUCUGACUUCUGGGAGCCCAAUCCUCGACAGCGCUCCCACAGCCUCAACCCCACCGUCCUGCGCACCAAGUUUGUCAUCUCAGACUCUGAGGAUGAGGGUCCGAGUGCUGCAGAGAAAGCCAAGACAGUGAAAGCCUGCCCGGAUGGACAGCGUUCUGCUGCUUCCUGCCAGCGUGGUCAGAGGAAAGCACAGAGAGCCUUCGUCCCAGACCUCCUGAACCCUCCGGCCUGCCUCAGCAGCCUGCCACACCAGCGUAGGAAGAACCUACGACAGUGCUCCCUCUCAGUGCUGGAGACAUCCAAACAACAUGAUCCCAAUGCAGACAUCCAAUCCAAGAGCCUGUCCUCAAACAGGACCCCCAACACCAGAGCCCCCAACACCAGAGCCCCCAACACCAGAGCCAAUACAGUGGACAGGCUCCCCAGCACAACACAUACGUCUCUCAGCCCAGACCCCUGUAGAACCCCCUCUGCGACCUCACCCUGCCUGGGUCUCCUGUCUUCUAGUUUGGACUCGUCAGCAGAGCUCCUGUCAGCUCUGAGCGCAGAGGAGAGAGAGCUGCUGGGGGCCAUCACUGCCCGGGGUUACCCCCUCCGAACUGCCAUCAUUGCCCUGCAGAAGGCAGGCCAGCAGACCCCAGAUCAGAUCUUGAGUUACCUGGUUGCGUGUGACCAUCUGUGUCAGCUGGGUUAUGAUAUGGCCCAGGUAGAAGAGGCUCUGGAGAUGUUUCAAAACUGCGAAACAAAGGCGGAGGAGUUCCUUCACCUGCUGAGUCAGUUCAAUGAGAUGGGCUUCCAGCAGAGCGCCAUCAAAGAAGUGCUGCUGGUCCAUGAAAACCACCGAGAACGGGCGCUGGAGGAGCUGAUGAUGCGCGUGGCGUGACGGCAGAUCAACACACACAUACUUUACAUAACUCAACUGCAACCUAAAAUCUGUUAUUUACUCCAGAAAACCAUGAAAUUCCUGUUGAUAAAGGCGCAGAGAGAACGACUCGACACACAUUAUUCUAGUUAAAGAUGGACGGUGGCCUUCAAGAGUAUAUUGUUGAAAUAUUGCAAUUAUAAAGAAUGAUGAUGAUGAUGCUUCACUCAUGACUUGGCUGACAGGGUUUAUUACAUUCAUGCUUUCUUUGGUUAUGAAAACUGCACUGACUAAACUCGUGUUAUCUGAGUAACAGUUUGAAGUAAUCUGACUAGUUGUAAUUGUGACCGAUUUAUUAAAGAUGUGGUAUGAAACUA